AUGAACGGCUUCCUCCUCCUCCUCACCAUAAGUCUCCUGGUUGUGGUUCAGAUACAAACAGGAGUCUUGGGAGAGGCUACUACAGCUGCUCCGACUACUUCUAAGAAAGCUGUUACUACUAAGAAAGCUCCCCCAAAGGCGGGGGCCUCAUCCAUCAUCAAUGGGGGUGCCUGCAGUUUGCUUCUCUAUGCCAGCACCUUACUGUGCCUCCUCUACCUCGGCUGAGGAGGCGUGGCUUCCAAAACCCCAUGUUCCUCACACUGCUGCACCAUCAGUAGUGAGAGACACCCCAACCCAGUCCGUGGGAAGGGUUGACCCAAGAGAUCCAAGGAGGUUACAGUUGACAGCCAAUGGCCAGAAUGGCAAGGCACACUGAUGGGAGCAGGGGCGUGACACCCAGCUAGGGCACA